UAGCAGGCUGUUCCUCGCUCAGGCUAACUCGCUCACGGCUUUGGUUCGGGAUGGAAACUCGUGGUACCGCGCGGCGUCAUCGCAUCUCUCGUGCGCUCAGCUUCAAGAGUGGUCUGUCUCUCUGGCUGGUGCUAUGGCUGGUGGCAUGUCACUGUGCUCCAGGGAGAGCAUGCCCAAGGCUGUGUGUGUGCUACCACAUGCCCAUGACCGUCAGCUGCCAGUCUCAGAACUUCACCUCUGUCCCGGCUGGCGUGCCCUAUGACUCCCAGCGUGUCUUCUUGCAGAACAACCGUAUCACCGAGCUCAGAGCUGACUCCUUUGGCUUUGAGACACAGGUCCUUUGGCUGUAUUCGAACAACAUCUCAUGGAUCGAAGCAGGUGCCUUCAGUAACCUGCGUGUGCUAGAAGAGCUGGAUCUUGGGGACAACCCAACCUUACGGCAAGUGGAUGGCGGUGCGUUCCGGGGCCUUGAGAGGCUACAGAGCCUGCACAUGCACCGGUGUGGCCUGACCGAGCUGCCUGCAGAUGUGUUCCACAAGCUUUACAGUUUGCAGUUCCUCUACCUGCAGGAGAACCAGCUGAACCACCUGCCUGAUGGCGUGUUCUCUGACCUGGUCAACCUCACACACCUGUUUCUGCAUGGCAACCGUCUUCGCGUUGUUUCUGAGAACGCCUUCCGUGGCCUGGUAAACCUUGACCGGCUGCUGCUGCAUGACAACCGCAUCCGACAGGUGCACCGCCGUGCCUUCCGUGAUCUUGGCCGCCUCACCAUCCUCUACCUGUUCAACAAUGUGCUGCGCGAACUUCCUGGUCAGACGCUCAAGGACACAACGGGCUUGCAGUUCCUGCGUCUCAACGACAACCCCUGGGCAUGUGGCUGCGAGGCACGCUCGCUCUGGCAGUGGUUCCGUGACGCACGUGUUUCCAGCUCUGAGCUGGUCUGCACCUCACCUUCAGCACGCCAGGGCCAGGACCUGCGCUUCCUGCGUGAGCUCGACUUUGCCACCUGCCCACUGCCUGAUCCCGGUUCUUUGACUGGUACAACUACCACCACCUUCAGCACCAAGACACGCUGGUGGUUCUCCAAGAACAAACCAGCAGCCUCAGCCAAGGGCGUUUACCAGAAGACCGCCGAGCUGCCCAAGGCCUUUCCCUUCUCCUCUGUGAAGAACGCCCAUUCUGCAGCAGUCGCAGCAGCUGCAGCUUCAGCAUCGAAGUAUGAGCUGAUGCCGGAGGAGGCUGCCUUGCCGAAACUUGAGCCUGAAGAGUACUGGGCCAACUACGGCAAUGAAGAUGCAACCUCAGUCCGUUGCUUUGAGCUCGAUUGCGACGACUCACAGAGCCUCCCUUCCUCUUCUUCUGCUCCUCCAUCGUUUAUCUAUCUCCUCUCUCUCUCUGUUCUGGCUCUCUCACUUCACUUGCUGUUUGGCUGAGUGGACUGUAUUAAUUUCUUCUCUUUUCUUCUUUUGCCCUUUUUUCUGUAUUUGGCCCCUGAUGCCUUGAUGGGGUCUGAUGCUGAGAGGCACACAACAGCAGCUGGAAAGAUCUCAAGAAUGGCAAAGAUGGCACACACACACACAUAGACACAUAUAUAGAUGCUCACAUACACAAGUGUGAAUGCAGAUAAACACGCUUAGAAAAACAUUUGGUGCUGCUUGGUGUCAUUUAUGAGGCAGAGUUAAGAGUGUUGCCUGGACUGCAAGUCUCAGGAGCCCUUGCAGCAUUACACUGGGCACUCUGCUUCUGCAGUCAGUGACACAAAAACAGAUGGCGAGAUAGACAGAGCUAGACAGAAAGUAAAUGGUAGUAAAGCAUGAUGAGGGGUCCAACAAAACAAUAACUCUGCAGUCUGAGAACAUAAAUAACCUGAACAGCUGUAAAUACGCACUUCCACCUUUUCGCAUGAAGUGUCUCGUAAACAACUGGAACAGGAAUGCUAGUCACACUUGACUGUGCACACAUUUUUCCCUUCUUUUUCUUGUCUGUACACUUGAUUUCACAAUCCAUAAUGAGAACCGCAAAAUGGAAAGAUGGAUUCUGCAUCCACGUGUCUUUAUUUAUUUCAGGAGUUUGAGUUUUAA